GGCGAGCAGCGCUGGAGAUGGCUUCGGCUGGAGGCGGCGGCUGCGAGGGCGCCGCGCACGAGGCCGACCGUCCUCACCAGCGGCCCUUCUUGAUCGGGUCAACUGUGUGCGAGAAGAUCAUGGAGCUGCUGGGACAGAACGAAGUAGACCACCGGCAGCGGAAGUUGGUCAUCCUGAGUCAAGACAGGUUCUAUAAGGUCCUGACCACGGAACAGAAGGCCAAGGCCUUGAAGGGACAGUACAAUUUCGACCAUCCAGAUGCUUUUGAUAACGAUUUGAUGCACAGGACUCUGAAAAACAUCGUGGAGGGCAAAACAGUCGAGGUCCCAAUCUAUGAUUUUGUGACCCACUCAAGGUUAGCAGAGACCACGGCGGUCUACCCUGCAGAUGUGGUCCUGUUCGAGGGCAUCCUGGCCUUCUACAGCCAGGAGAUCCGGGACAUGUUCCACCUGCGACUCUUUGUGGACACUGACCCUGAUGUCAGGCUGUCGCGAAGAGUUCUCCGGGACGUGCACCGCGGCCGGGAGCUGGAGCAGAUCCUGACGCAGUACACCACCUUCGUCAAGCCGGCCUUCGAGGAGUUCUGCCUGCCGACGAAGAAGUAUGCUGAUGUGAUAAUCCCUCGAGGGGUUGACAACAUGGUGGCCAUCAACCUUAUCGUGCAGCACAUCCAAGACAUCCUCAACGGCGACAUCUGCAAGUGGCAUCGCGGAGGGUCCAACGGGCGCAGCUACAAGAGGACGUUUCCUGAGCCGGGAGACCACCCCGCAGUGCUGACCUCUGGCAAACGGUCGCACCUGGAGUCCAGCAGCAGGCCCCACUGA